AGGGAGCGGGAGGCGGGGCGCGCUCCGCUCCGCUCCGCUCYGCUCCGUGCCUCUCCCGCCCCGCCGCCCAUUGUCCCCGCGCCGCCCUUCGCUCCGGUGUCGGUGCUGAGUCACGGCCGGCUCGGCGCUGCCCGGGGCUGCAGGUGUCGCGAAGAGCCAGCCGGCCACCGCCGCAGCAGCGCCAUGGGGACGGAGGGCGCCCGCGUCCUGCUGGAGCGCGCCGGCAGGCUCACGCUGCAGACCGGCAACCUGCUCAACUGGGGCUGCCUGCGCAAGAAGUGCCCGGCCACCCCCGGCGAGGAGGUGCGRGACUGCAUCCAGAAAACACUGAUUGAAUGGAGCUCAAAGAUUGGCCAAGACCAAAAUCAGGAAACACUGGAGGUUCUGGAAUGUACUGUAGCUCAAGCUUUAGAAAAAAUAAACCCUGAAGAAAGGGAUGAGUUGAAAGUAUCAGCAAAACUUUUCAUCGUUGGAUCAAACUCUUCAUCGAUCAGAGAUGCAGUUGACCUGGCAUGUUCUGCCCUCGGAGUUGCUCAGUUAGACUCAGUCAUUAUUGCCCCACCUCCUGUUGAAGAUGGAAUUAACCUGUCCUUGGAAUAUUUGCAACCUUAUUGGAAAGAACUUGAAAAUCUAGUUCAAAACAAAAAGAUUGUUGCCAUAGGUACUUCUGAUCUAGAUAAAACAUUGUUAGAGCAGCUGUAUCUGUGGGCACAGGUGAAACCAAGUAGUAAUCAGGUGAACCUUGCUUCCUGUUGUGUGAUGCCACCUGAUCUCACAGCAUUUGCAAAAGAAUGUGACAUACAGCUGUUAACUCACAAUGACCCAAAAGAAUUACUUUGUGAAGCAAGUUUCCAAGAAGUUCUCCAGGAAAGCAUCCAGAACGUGAAAGCAAACGAGUGGAUUCCUUUAUGGCUUCUGCGGUAUUCAGUCAUUGUUAAAAGCAGAGGAAUUAUCAAGUCCAAAGGCUAUAUUGUACAAGCUAAAAGAAAUGCAUCUUAAAAUACUUCUUUUUUUUGUAAUCACUUUAAAUUUCUUUGAGAUGGGGGAACAUUGCAUUUUUCAUAGAAAGACUUUUACAGCAUUUAUAACAAACUACCAGAAGUUGUAAUUUUUCAAUGUGAUGUCAGCAGGAGUGUCUGUAGUGUUCUAACACUAUUUUUCUUUCUUAACCUAUUGAUGAGAUCAUUUAAAAUAUGAAAUGUUUGGGGGCUUUUUUAUUGAAGUUAUCUAUAGAGUUACAAAUAUUUUUCCUUUUAUGACCAGUUCACUGUAAAAAUUAGCAUUAUAUUUUAGCUGCCAUUAGGUAGUACAGAGAAACUUAUAUUUUUUGUUUUUUAAAAAAACCAAAAUUCUCUUAAAUAAUACUUCCCUGGUAGGUAUACAUUUCAAGCAUUCAAGGACUACCAUUUAUAAAAAAUUGUCAUCUUUUAUGAUAAAAUACCCCCAAAAAAUUAAGCUGGUAUCUCAUUACUUGAUAUGUAUAUAUCGGCAAGUCAGCUGUUUAAUUUGUGGGGAUGGGAAAAUCAGUUUAUUUUUAAUAGAGUGGAAAAGACCCCUAUGAUUGAAAAGAAAAUGCAUCUUCCAAAUUACUUUCYGAUUGUUACUUGAAUUCCUUCUGGCUUCUUUGUGCCUCAAUAUGCUUUGUUUAGUGUUCGCACAAGUGUGAUGGCAUUUAUACUGUUUGAAAUAGAAAAUGUAUUAACAGUGAAUGUUUAAAAUAAGUUUGAAAACAAGUGAUGAAAAAAUCUAUUAAUCAAAAACUGAAUUGUGCCUGUCUCCUUCUCAGCUGUGGCUUGUUUUUUGAUACUUGUGAACUACGCAAUCAAUUGGCCAAGUAGAAUAGACAGUAAAUAGUGAUGCUGUUUACUAAAAUUAAUWACUUCUUUUGCAAUUGCCUGGGAAACCUGUUGCUUGAGUGCCACUCAGGAAUGAUGAAGCAAGGCUUAGCUUGAAGUUAGAUGUCUUUCUCAUUGGCAGAGCUUAGCACACUGGGUUUUUAAUCCCAGAGAGAUUGCUGCAGCUAAGGCAAGGCUUUUGGUUUAAUAUAGUCUUUCUAUCAAAAAGGCCUUUUCCUUUCCUUGGCCAUUAAAUCAGAAUAGAUAGCUAAAGUUCAAAUUGUAGUUUAGCAGGAACUUUGAUACCAAGUGUCUAAAAUAAUAAAUUUCAUUUCCAUUUCAGACAGAGGCAUGGCCUCAUACUGGUGAUAGUCAUUAACUUCAUUGUACAUAUUUUGAUAUUUGGACUGUAAGGGAAUGUAUUUUCACCAACAUCUUUCAAAUUCUUCAUAUAGGCAGCAAGUGGAAUUUGAGUGCCUGUWGGUAGUGUUUAGAGUGUCAGCUUCCUAUAAACCAUUCCACUAAGUUUAAUGAUGAAGGUUUUUCAAGGUACCUUAGUCCUCAAAUAUCUUAUUUAUAGUGGCAAAUAGCAGGAAAUUUUCUUGGCUUCUUCAGUGCUUUUGAUAAAUGAGAGAAAUGAAGAAUUGGAACUAGUAAUGCAUCAAUAAAAGUUUGAAUUCUU